GAUCUGGCAUGGCUCGGGCAGACGAAGCUGAGGUUGAGCAGCAAACCUCCGGCCCUUUACCGCGAGAUGAAGUCGAUAUCAAGCGGGAACACUCGGCAGGCAGCGAAGAAACGAUAGCCAGAAGGGAGGGCAACCCGGAGGGGCUUGAUUCUGUAGGGAAGAAGGAAGAAGGUUCAGAUGUAGAAGCGGCCCCUGUCACUUCCUCUGCGCCUGCGCCCUUACCAGAUGGAGGAUAUGGAUGGGUCGUGGUGGCGAGUGUGUUCUGGGUGAAUGCCUUUACUUGGGGUGUGAAUGCGUCCUUCUCCAUCUACCUCUCCUAUUACUUGAGCAAUGAUAUCUUCCCUGGCGCUACCAACCUGGACUACGCUUUUAUCGGGGGUCUUUCAAUUGCCCUGGCACUCUUCAUAGCACCUCUUGCAACAUAUCUCAACCGUCGAUACUCAUUCCGUACCACGAUGCUUAUCGGCGUUGCACUCCAGGUCGGCGGACUCAUUGCAGCGUCCUUCACCAAAGAAAUAUGGCAAUUGUUCCUCAGCCAAGGUGUCGCCUGCGGCACAGGCAUGGGCUUCAUCUUCGUCGCCUGUUUCGGCAUCCCGUCCCAAUGGUUUCACCGCCGGAGGGGUAUGGCGAACGGCGUAGUCACUGCUGGCUCCGGGAUUGGAGGCAUCAUCUGGUCUCUAGGGACCAACGCCAUCAUCCGCAACCUCGGGCUGCCAUGGGCCUUCCGAAUUACAGCAAUCUGCUGCUUUGCCGUGAACACGACCGCCGCAUUCCUCAUCCGAGAUCGCAACAAGCACAUCCGCCCGAACCAGCGGGCGUUUGACCUCAAGAUCUUGGUGAGGCCGGAGUACAUCCUGGUCAUGCUUUGGGGUGUGUUCAGCAUGCUGGGGUACAUCGUGCUUUUGUAUUCUUUGCCGGCGUAUGCGGUUGCGCAGGGGAUGACGAGCGAGCAGGGGUCUAUCGUCGGUGCUAUGCUGAGCCUGGGCAUCACGUUUGGUCGGCCGCUCGUUGGAAUAGGGUCUGACUGGACCGGGAGAAUCAACAUGGCAGGCGGAGCCACCCUGUUCUGUGCACUCACCGUGUUUGCGAUCUGGAUUCCGGCAAAGACUUUCGGCGUCUUGGUCUUCUUCGCCAUCAUAAACGGCGCUGUCUGCGGCACAUUCUGGACGUGCGCAGGCUCCGUUUCCGCCGAAGUGGUCGGCCUCGUCGACCUCCCCUCCGCGCUCUCCCUCCUCUGGCUCUCCGUCGUCCCCCCAUGCAUCUUCAGCGAGCCCAUCGGGCUCGAGCUGCGGCACGGCAGCGGGCCCGCCAGCUACCUCUCCGCGCAGAUCUACGUCGGCGUCAUGUACGUCGCCGCCGGCGCCUGCAUGUUCAUGGUGCGCGCGUGGAAGAUCUCGCAUACGCUGAAGGAGAGCGGCGGGCACGCGGGUCCGCGAGAUCCGGCUUCGUGGAUAAGGCUGAUGAUUGGGCCUGGGAAGGUGUAGGAUCGAUACUAGCACGGGGCUUAAAGUUGAAGGGAGACCGACGCACUUCUCGCGUGGGGCGGGGCGAUGCGCUGUAGGAUACGUACCAGGUGACAUUGGAUCUUGAAUAGAGGAUGGAUCACACAUUUGACGAGUAUUCUUGGAGGAAACGGCUCCGUAGACGUCGUAACUUAUUAUCAUUCACGUUAUAAUACGGUGCUUACGAUAUUCCAUAUUGCCUCUAGACUCCAUCUUCUUGGUUAGCGCCAUAAAUUGGUUGACUGUCUGCUAAUGCCAAGCACAUUAUCG